GUUUCCUUUGACAAGAUGGCGGCGGGGAGGUCUGGCAGUGUCGUCAGGCGCCGCUCGAAAAGCGAGGCCGAUUCCGGCUUUUUGGGGCUGCGGCCCACUUCAGUGGACCCGGCGCUGAGAAAGCGGAGGCGGGGCCCGAGAAAUAAGAAACGGGGCUGGCGGAGGCUUGCGGAGGAGCCACUGGGCCUAGAGCUCGACCAGUUUCUAGAGGAUGUGCGGCUACAGGAGCGCACGAGCGGGGGUUUGGUGUCAGAGGCCCCAGAUGAAAAACUCUUCUUCGUGGACACCGGCCCCAAGGACAAAGAGCUGCCCAGGAAGAAGCCCAGACACCAGAAGAGGUCACUGCUUCUCAAGAAGCCCCUUCGAGCUGACCUCAUCCUUGAGAACACAUCCAAGGUCCCUGCCCCCAAAGACAUCCUCGCCCACCAGGUCCCCAACGCCAAGAAGCUCAGGCGGAAGGAGCAGCUAUGGGAGCGGCUGGCAAAGCAGGGCGAGCUCCCGCGGGACGUGCGCAAGGCCCAGGCGCGGCUGCUCAGCCCUCCUGCCCCCAGAGCCAAGCCUGGGCCCCAGGACACAGCUGAGCGGCCCUUCUAUGACCUCUGGGCCAAAGACAAUCCUCUGGACAGACCGCUGGUUGGCCAGGACGAGUUUUUCCUGGAGCAGACCAAAAAGAAAGGAGUGAAGCGGCCUCAGCGCCUUCACGUCAAGCCGUCCCCGGCUCCUGCUGUGGAGGUGAUGCCCGCCGGAGCCUCCUACAACCCAACCUUUGAGGACCACCAGACCCUGCUCUUGGCCGCCCAUGAGGUAGAGCUGCAGCGGCAGAAGGAGGCGGAGAAGCUGGAGCGGCAGCUGGCCCUGCCCCCAGGGGAGCCGGUGGCCACGCAGGAGUCUACCUUCCAGGAGAUGUGCCAGGGGCUAUUGGAGGAAUCAGAUGAGGAGGGCGAGCCUGACAGGGGCCAGGACCAAGGGGCCCAGCCCGGAGAUGCUGCACCCUCAUCCGCGCCCACUCGAGCAGCUGCCUCAGAGAAAAAGACAGAGCAGCAGCGGCGGCGGGAGAAGGCUGCUCGGACCCUGAGGGUGCAGCAGGCUGCGGUGCGGGCUGCCCGGCUGAGGCAGCAGGAGCUGUUCCGGCUGCGUGGGAUCAAGGCACAGGUGGCACACAGGCUGGCUGAGUUGGCACGCAGGCGGGAGCGGCGGCAGGAGCAGCGCCUGGCCGAGGCCGACAAGCCCCGAAGGCUGGGCCGUCUCAAGUACCAAGCCCCCGACAUUGAUGUGCAGCUCAGCUCAGAGCUGUCCGACUCGCUCAGGACCCUGAAGCCGGAGGGGAACAUCCUGCGAGACCGCUUCAAGAGCUUCCAGAGGAGGAACAUGAUUGAGCCUCGAGAGAGAGCCAAGUUCAAGCGAAAGUACAAAGUGAAGCUGGUAGAGAAGCGGGCCUUCCGAGAGAUCCAGUGAGUGCUGCUCAUGCCCUCCCAGAAACACGCCUCCCCCUGCUCAGCCUGAAGAAGCGGGGAGCCUUCCCCUAUAACUGGCUGUUGAUUGAGCAAUACCCCCCAGGCCGGGCCUAGUGGAAGGCCAGCCCCUGUCCAGUGCACCUGAAUACAGAGUCAGGGUGGUGGGGGGACAGAAAGGGAGGGAGGGAGGGAGGUUCACUGUCAACCCACCCAUCUCCAGGUUGUAGCUGCCUUGCUGCUGCCGGAAAGAAGGAAGCCGGAGCCCUGUUCCUCAAUAAAGCACCUUCUGACCAUCUCCA